UCAGAUCGACAAUUCAAACUUCUGAGUCGAACUGAUCGGACGUGAAAUUUGUGCAGGACAGAGUAGCGUUUUUGAGACAUUGUCUGUUGUUUAAAUCGCAGUUCAAAAUGCAGAUGAUGAUCGAGAGUUACUUUAAUUUGCAUUAUUACGGUUAUGGAAAGGAAGAGUAUUAUUCUGAUUUUGAUGAUGACGACACAGAGAGUGAGCCGGAGGAGGAAAAACCUCCCGAAGAGGAGCAGGUGGAUCGUGAGUUUCCAUUCGAUGAUGACAUAUUCUACAUCAAUCUCAAAGCACCAAGAGUUAGAACAGGGUGGGAUAACCUUCCAAUGGAGAUCCUAAUCCGAAUCUUCACCUUCAUAAGACCAAGCGAUCGAAAUUCAGCCGCUCUCACCUGCCACCGAUGGUUUGAAGCUCUGCGCCAUCCAUAUUUUGUCGGUGCGACUUGCUUCCACUUUGAACGUAUCGAAGUUUCCGACACCAAGUCCCCCAUUCAAAUCUUUCUGGACAGCUUUCGCCACUUCACAAACAUCAAACUGACCCGGGUGCAGUUCAGUGGUCAAACCGAAUUUUGGAGUUACUUUGGGGAGCACAUCCGUGAGAUAACGUUCGACAACUGCGCACUUACCAAACCAAAACUGUCGAACAUCUUGGGCAGCAUGCCAAAUUUAGAACGCCUAAAUAUAGUCGACUGCGACGAACUGUUCAAAAGUUGGAACCCUGUUAUCUUUCAGAACAUAUCCCCAAUCUGUAAGCGCCUCAAACAUCUCGGUCUUCGAAAGAUCAGCGCCUUAAACGAAGAUCACCUUAACUACCUGGUCGCCAUGGCUCCUCGAAUGUCGUCCUUGGAAAUAUCCAAAUGCCUCAGAAAUAUGGACGCAGGUCAACGAGUCACCAUUCUUUCUCACAUCCUCCGUAUCCUCAACCUCUACAAGCAUCAAAUGCGAUCCGUCAACUUCAGCUAUACCAUGUACGAUGAUCUGUUCCUGAAGCAGUUUGCCGAGAUCGAGAGCAUGUCACUGAGCAACAUCAGCCUGUCGUUCUUUCAAAGAGCCCCCAUCAAAGAUCCGGCCAUAAUCGACAUCCUGAGGAAGCACACCAACCUGGUGCACCUAGACCUGACGUCUUUCCUAAAUCUUACAGAUUUCGCUCUAAUCGAAAUUGCUGACUCGAUGCCAUUGCUCAGAACAUUGAAACUGAACGGAUGUUGGCUGCUGACCGAUUUCGGAAUAUCGGCAAUCGGUAAACUAUGCAAGCUCGCCAUAUUGGACCUGUCGGAUUGUGAUCGUGUUACGGAUAGUGGCUUUCUGCAAGCGAUCGUCGGCAAGGAUAGAGUUGAUAUGAAGGAGCUGUAUCUGAGCAUGCUACCGGGGAUAACGGAGAAUGUGAUAUUGAAGAUCUGCCUUACAUUGGCUAAUCUGACGGUGUUGGAUUUUUGCGGCUCCGACUGCAUCAACGAUACUUCGUUGCAGUUUGUGUUUUGCUAUUUGCGAAUGGUGCGGGUGUUGCGAUUGAAUGGAUGUGUGAAGAUUACAGACGCCGGACUGACCGGAAUGGACCUACAACGCGCUGCCAUUGAAAUAUGGGACGAGCAGCAAACUUUUUCGAUCGACAUGCUUCGCGGACUUCAAGAACUGCAGAUAUCCGGGUGCUUCAAAGUAACGGACAUCAGCCUCACACAUUGCUUCAAACUGGUUGAACUGCGAGAAGUCAAUCUUUCCCAUUGCGUCAAUAUUUCAGAUGAAGGCAUUAUCGCUAUGGCCAUGAACUGCCCGUCGCUGGAAGUGGUAGAUCUGAGUGAUUGUUUCCGUAUCUGUGAUCCGUCCAUAGAGGCACUCACCAAGUAUCUGCUGCGUCUCACAUCUAUGAAACUCGUGCGGCUACCCCAGCUGACCACGGAGAGUAUCUACUCCAUACUUGCCAACUGUAAGAAGCUGAGGACAAUCAAUCUGAGAGGAUGCUGUAAAAUACCACGUAGUGCCAUCGACUUGCUGGGCACGAUGAAAUGUCUCCGGAGUAUACCCAAAAGUGAACAUUCUGCGUUGGAGUGAGUCAUUGAUCGAAUUUGUAUGUAAAACGCAACCAUUGAUCAUUUCGCAAAUUUUACAGGAUAGAAAUAAACCAAAUAUACUCUUAAACUCA